GAAAAUCAUUAGUCUUCGUUAGGCGGUCUUUGUGUCAACAACGUGUUGCUUGGAAAAUCGUGUGAAAAAUCGCCAUCGAAAGCCAACAUUCGCCCCUCGCGAUUUUCGCUCGCGCUUUUCAGCUCGUCUAUCACAAGGACCUACAAUAAAAAAAAAACAACAAAUUGUUUGUGUGUGUGUGCGUUUUUGGCCCCCAUUAACGAGUGUGCGUGCCAAAGUGCAACAAGUCUCGGCCGUAAUUUAAUUGCAACAAUUUCCCCGAUUUGAACAAGUGCAAAACACGGCUCGAUCGUAUCGGCCAAGCAGAUAUAUCAGUGCAGCAGUGUUCGUGCAAAGUGGAGCAUUCAUCUCCCCAAAAAACAAGUCAAAGACAUUGCAUUAGUCAGCAGAUCCAGAUCGAGCAGUCCUAGUGUACGUGACUUGGCCUUUUCCAGCGCUCAAUCGAAAGAAUCCUCGCCGCCGAGCGAUAGGAAGACGCUCGCAAUGUUGCCGCAUCAUCAGCGCCGUAAAGUGGCGGCUUCGGCGGACAGCGCCAUCUGCUUCCUGAUCCUGUCGCUCCUGCUGAUUGCCGGCUGCCUGGUGGCGCCCACCGAGGGACGCGCCAAGGAGGACCGUCGCAACAGGGGGCGUGGCAGCAGCAGCGGCUCGCUGGCCUCCUCCUCCUCCGUGAGCAACAUGAAUAAUGGCUACUACGGCGGCUCCUCGUCGUCGGGAGCGGGCUCAUCCUCCUCCGGUUAUGUGCUGACCAGCAGUAGUGCUUUAAAUUCCGGCAGCACUGGCUACAGUGGACCCAUGGACAGCACUGGAUUCUGCACACGUCGAAGGGACAUGAAGCUGAUGUGCUACUGUACCCCGGAUGAGAAUCAUGUGCCGGUGCAGAAGGCCGAGUGCUGGGUUUUCUCGGAGGGAUUGCACCAGAACGACACCACCUGGACGCGAUUCUACCAGCAGAAGCGUUUGCGCGAGCUGAAGUUUGUGAUCCAGAACAAUGCCCGAUUGGACUACAUACCCACGAUGAUUAUCGAACCGCUGAAGAACCUGAGCAGCAUUGUGAUCGAGUACUCCCAGGUGGAGAUUGUCAAGAGCUACGCGUUCGCCAAUCUGCCCUUCUUGGAGAAGAUCAUCCUGAACAACAACCACAUUAUGGCCCUCGAUCAGGAUGCCUUCGCCAAUCACAUUAGGCUGAGGGACCUGAAUCUGGAGCACAAUCAGAUCUUCGAGAUGGACCGCUAUGCCUUCCGCAAUUUGCCACUCUGCGAGAGACUUCAUCUGAACAACAAUAAUAUUAGUACCUUGCACGAGGGUCUCUUUGCCGAUAUGGCCAGGUUAACCUCACUUAACUUGGCCCACAAUCAAAUCAAUGUGCUGACCAGCGAGAUUUUCCGGGGAUUGGGUAACCUGAAUGUCCUGAAAUUGACCCACAACAAUCUGAACUUUAUCGGCGACACUGUAUUUGCGGAAUUGUGGAGUCUCAGUGAGCUGGAACUGGAUGACAAUCGUAUCGAGCGAAUUUCCGAACGUGCUCUGGAUGGCCUGAAUACACUGAAAACUCUGAAUCUGCGAAACAACCUGCUGAAGAAGAUCGACAACGGUCUGCUGCGGGGCACCCCCGCCCUGCUGUCCAUCAAUGUGCAGGCAAACAAAUUGGAAACGCUGACGUUCUACACAUUCCAGCCAAUUAUGGACAAUUUGGUCAACAGCACCAGUGAGCUGCUGGUGUCAGACAACAAAUUCAUUUGCGACUGUCGUCUGCAGUGGAUCUUCGAAUUGAGAAAUCGCACACGUCACCUGCAGCUGCGUGACUCGCUGGAGGAACUGCAAUGCACGCUGCAGGAGCCGAAGCUCUCGCACUUUGUGGACCCGGUGCCGCCGACCAUCCUGGACAUGCUCAACAUCGGCGGCUUCACGGCGAUUGGCAGCAACAGUGCCAGCAUGGGCGGCGUGGGCAACAGCGUGGUGGGCAGCAGCUACAGCGGCCUGACGCUGGACGACAGCCGGAAGCACUCGGCCAGCAGAUCGCGACAGGCGCUACGCGGACAGCGGCAGUUCGCCGCCAGUGCGGAGAACGUGGUGGAGUCGAAGCUGCUGCGGCGGCGGCGGAAGCGGCAGCAGGAGGAGCUGAAGCAGCAGCAGAAGGACCUGGCAGCAGUGGCCCCGGCCCACAAACGGUAUGACUACUACGACGAGAACACCGGCGGCAUGACCCUGGGCCAUGGCCUCGAUCUGGACGACAAUCUGAGUCUGCACAAGCAGGGAUUCUAUGGAGCUGGCUCCCCGCCAGUCGGCCACAACGAUGUGGAUGUGCUGAUGACGUCGCACGGCUCGUCGGGCGACGCCCUCGACAUCCUGACCAACAAGAAUGCCGUUCAUGUCAAGCUGUUCCUGCUGAAGCCCGAGAUGCUGCCCUGUCACGAUGAGCUGAGCGAUCCCACCGAGCUGCCUCUGUCCCGCGAUCUCAUGGAUGUGCGCAGCAAUGUGGGCCAGGACAUGUCGACGGCAGGCGCAGGAUCAGGUCCUUUGGCCCAGGGCAUGGUCAUCCUGGCUACUCUCAUACUCACACUCAGCCGGGGUUGAAUCCUUCGAGGAGAGAGCGUGGCUGCCUAAUGGCAACCCCCAACAUUUGGUUCUACAUUGUUGUACAUACUGUCUUGGAGAUGUGGUGCCCUUGGGAAACGAGCUUCAACACGAAAAAAACACACGCGAAACAAGAAAGAUACCAGCUACAGUCCUGUAAAUAUGUAAAAAGGGGUAACGAAAUUCGAUAAAAUUACUACUAUAAACCUAGCUGAUAGCUGUAAUGAUAGACUCGACUUUUCACCAAACAACUUCGGCAGCAGACUCAGAUUGAAAUACAGAAACCAAAACCAAAACCAAAACCAAAACGAACCCAAACAAAAAAAAAGAAGAACCUCCGAGCAAACUGGCGUUUCAUUUAAAGAGAGAUACUCAACUUGACGACUACCACUACACUCUACUACAUAGCAUUAGUUUAAAAUGGUUAGCCAUAGUGACACAUUCGGUUUACUUGAGCAAGGUACAUACUACAGUAACACUUGGAAAGCGCUAAACGUCUUAGGUGGAGAGACAGAGCUGGCCAAAAACCACUACAAUGAGGCAUGCCUGUAAGAUAAACGCAAACGCAGAACAUGACACAUUCGCUGAAAGUUGCAACGAUAGCCGUUAGUCGAUAGGCAAUAGAAGUUAGCAGAUAACAGAUAAAAGUUAGCAGAUAGCAGAUAAAUGUAAUAGGUAAACGUAAUAAUCCCGGCCACCCCGCAAGUUCUUGUUAGAAUUUAAGUCAGCUUUUUAGUUGUAAGACUGUUUGCUACCCUACAACUGUCGCCUGAAUUUCCCGAAAAUGAAAACUCCCCGGAAAAACACUUUUCUGCUUUUCUCCUUCUUUCGCCGCACCAGAAAUGUAAACGAAAACACGAAAUAAAAAUGAAUACAUUGCGAAUUUAUAUAACUUAUUUGAAUAGAUUCAAAUUAUAGCAAACAACAAAAGCAUAAAGAGAUUAAAUAAUAAAAACAAAACAGAAAUAUGCAUAACGAUUUUUGUAGCUUAAGACUGAAUAUAUAAAGGUAAAUUAUGCUAAUAUAUACAAAAUAUUUAUAUGGAAAAAUACUGUAUGUUUAAUUGUAUUGUAUUGUAAUGAAUGCAAGCUGGGGGAAAGGGUAAUGUCAUUUUUAGAGAAAAACCAAAAAAGCCGACGAUUUGUGCAUUCAAAUUAAUAUGGAUGCAUAUGACACUUUAUUUGGCAAUUUAUUACGUAUUAAAUUAUGCACAAAACUAUGAUUUACCAAAACAAAACCAAAAAAAAACAAAACGAGAAAAACCCAAAAAAAAAACUAAACAAAAUCUGUUUGAUUAAUGUGUUUAAUAAUUCAUAUACAAAAAGAAGAUAAAUUAAGCAAAAACCAAUGCAAAUUUAUUGUGUAAAAAAAAGGGAAAAAGUUGAAACGCAAAAAUCCCCGAAAAAUGGGAGCAGCCGAAAGGAAAAGCCAGAAAAGUAGAACGCCGAGCAUAAGGAGCAAGCAUAGUUUUAGUGGACAAUCAGCAGAUAAGUGAAGCGAGAGCAAACAGCAGGAAAAUCGGGGAAAACCCCGACGAGCUGGCAAGCAGAAACGCGGAAAAGCGCCGGAAAAUGGGGCAAACUCAAAAGCACUUGAGACAAGCGAAAUAAUGAAAUAGACGUGAGCAAAGCAGAAAACACAAAACUAUUUUAAGUAAAUGGAUAUAAGCUAAAUGUAUUUAGUGUUUUGAUUAGCCCCUAAGAACUUAAACACAACCGAGAAAAUCCACAAAAAAAUAAAAACUUAUAAAUGUGAAAAAAAUGAGAAAUCUAAGGAAAACUUCUAUCUAAGCAGGGCACUAAUUUUCAUUACUGUUGAUACUCAGCCACUUUACACUCAUUUGAUUUGAUUGUCACGAAGUUACUAUGCUAGAGAUUGUGAAAGGAUUUUCAGUUGCCUCAAGGAGUCGGGCGAAGUUCGAUUGAUUUAGCCACUCUGUCUAAUGCAUUAAAUGCUUGUAAUAAAUUAAUAACGACACGAACACUUAUUUCAUAUUUAGCCUUAAGAAUUGAGAAAUUUUAACCAAAGAUUUUGUGUUCCUCUUGUUGCCUAACAUACACUUCGGUUGUUUUGUUUUAUGUGUGCCAUUUGAAAUGAUUUUCCUCUCCCAUUUUUUUGUACGGCUAAGCAGCGCAUGGAAGUAGGCAGCGAGUAAAGUAAUUUUUAAAUAUUAAUAACUAAAUGUAGCUUACUUAAUUAUUUUAACUUAAAUGUACACAGAGCGAACGGAAACAAGCAGCAAAUAAUAUAACCGAAAUAUAAAUGUACUUGAUGUAAGAAGUUUGCUAAAUUGAAACCGAAACCGAAAUCGAAACCGAAAUGUCAACCCCAGCCCACACAAAAAAAAAUAAGAAAACCAUGAUGCGAGGACCUUAGGGGCGUGGAAUGUGGAGGGGGCGUGGCGCCACCAAAAAAGAGCCGAAAACCAGAACACAUUCCAACUGCAAUAUUUUGUUUAACUUUUACUUUUACUGGAUGGAGCCCCCUCUUUAAGUCCUCGUGCCGUUUAAGGUCGCGCUCAUGGAAUCCAGAAAACAAUUUUGAAAGAAAAACCAUCUAAAUAUAUUUAAUGUAAAAAAAAUAAA